GAGCCGCAGGACGAACACCCUCCUCAACGCCAGCACCCCUAGAGGCCAAGAGCGGCGGCGGCAGCGGCGGCGACGGCGGCGGCUGCAACGGCGGCGGCGGCGGUGGCGGCGGCGGCGGCGGCUGCGGCGGAGUCGGCGAAUGCGACAGGGGAGGCGGAGACACCGGGAAAGGGGGACGCGGCAAGGACGGGCCGGGGGUACCACCAGAGUCAGCAGACUCCUCAACGGGGACAACUGACGGGAGGGAGUGACGUUUUUUGUGAUGAUAGAUCUUGAGAAGAUCUUUCCGACGCAACGAGAAUCCCUUCAAUCGGAGCAAGAACGCGAAAGCUAUGAAGAUUCAAAGUUCAUGAGCUUGCGUUACAAUUGCGGCGGUUACAAAGUGAAGUUGUGGGGUGACUCUAUAUGGAGUUGGGACCUUUGGGGUUGGGGAAACUUGUCACUCUACUGUAACAGCUGCAAAUUGGUUGGGAACAACCAAGCUAGGUUGGCAAGGGUGGCCAACUUGGAUGGAUUGGUUGGGAAGGGACAAAUGUCAAAGUUGGGGUUCCUAUAGGGAGGGAAUCUUUGUGCUUAUGGGGUUUCCUUGGUUGGGGACUCUCUUGGGACCUUCCCUCUCAUCCCUCUCUUCCUAUCCCAACCUUUCUCUUGCUCCUUCUAAUUCCUUGUGAGAUUCUUGAACUUUCAUUGAACUCUUGAGAUUGAGUUAAG